GUUAAAAUACAUUCAAAUACUUGUAAUUACUAUAAUGCAAUAAUCUAGUUAAAUAUAAUUGCUUAUAUAAGAGUUUGAUAAAUCAUCGUGCCAUUUAAUUUUGUCAAAUAAAGGUUAUGUUUCUGUGAAAUGAAAAAUGUUGUCGAUUUUGAGGCCCGGCGCUUCGCUGAUUUACAAGCCAACAUUUAUAUCUCGUUUCAUCUCAAACGUUAAGGUUGAACCUCAAGCGAAUUCUGGUAUCGAAGUUAACGGAAAUUUCUACUUGAAAGAUGAGUACACCAAUGUUACCCCUAAAAUACUCUCUUAUUUGAACAGAAAUCUCCAUAUACAACAAAACCACCCCUUGUGCUUAGUUAGAGAUAGAAUCGUGAAUUACUUCUAUAAGAGCUACAAAAACUCCAGAGGAAAUCCGAUAUUCUCAGUGUAUGAUAACAUUUCACCAGUGGUUUCAGUACAGCAAAAUUUUGAUUCAUUACUUAUUGAGCCCUCCCAUCCUUCAAGAACAAAAAGUGACUGUUAUUACAUUAACAAUAAUUAUUUACUGAGAGGUCACACAACUGCUCAUCAAAGUGAACUGAUUCAAGCUGGUUUGGACUCAUUUCUAGUUAUUGGAGAUGUUUAUAGAAGAGAUGAGAUUGACAGCACACAUUUUCCAGUGUUCCAUCAAAUCGAUGCUGUAAGAUUGCAUACAAGAGAUCAGUUAUUUAAAAAUAAUGAUGAGCUUCAAUUAUUUGAAUUGGGGGAUAAUGUUGAAGGUGGUAAGCAGACAUGUCACACUUUGGAGGCAGUUAAAUUACUUGAGCAUCAGUUGAAGCAAUGCUUAGUAGGUUUAGCACAGAGUCUCUUUGGAAAAGAUGUUGAGUACAGAUGGGUGGAAACUCAAUUUCCAUUUACUUGUCCUUCAUGGGAGUUGGAGUUAAAAUACAAAGAUGAUUGGUUGGAGCUACUGGGAUGUGGCAUUAUGAAACAACCAAUUUUAACUGAAGCAGGAGUUGUGGAUCAGAUUGGAUGGGCGUUUGGUUUAGGUUUGGAGAGAGUUGCCAUGAAAUUGUAUCAAAUUCCUGACAUUAGAUUGUUCUGGUCACAAGAUUCUGGCUUUUUGAAUCAGUUUAAAACUGCAACUGCUGAUACUAAUGUUGUAUACAAAACUGUUAGUCAAUUUCCUCAAUGUAAGAAUGACAUUAGUUUUUGGUUAGCUGAAAAUGGUGACUUCAACAGCAAUGAUUUCUAUGACUUAGUCAGAACUGUAGGAGGAGAUAUUGUGGAGCAAGUUAAUUUAGUGGACAGCUUUGUUCAUCCAAAAAGUAAACAGACUAGUCACUGUUACAGAAUAACCUAUAGGCAUAUGGAGAAAACUUUAACCCAAGAGGAAGUAAAUCUUGUACAUAAAAAAAUAGAAGAUGAAGCAGCUGAGAAAUUAGGUGUGAAAAUACGUUAAAAUGUAAAUAAACCUUGAUUGUUCCUUA